UGAGGGGCGUGAGUUAUGACGCAUGCCAAGGUCUUACGGUGGUUGAGGACCGUAGUUGUUGCGCUGUAUAUUUUCUGUCUGCUUAGCCAAUGGGAAGGCAGGGUGAUCUCGGCGUGGCUUCCUAUCAUUUGCGGAAGCUCUUUUCUCUUAUCAGAAUAUCUCCAUCCUACCUACCGCCCGAUCUUCUCCCGGCUGUCCCCGUCUCCGUCGAACGCCGCCGCCGCCCUUGUCCAUCUCCCCCUUUGUCUCCCCCACGCCUCCGACAAUAAUACAUCAGGAAUCAGGUUAAUUAACUUGGUCAUGGUUACGAUGACCUCUGUUACUCUGGGCGAUGUUAGAGUUGUUAGAAGUGUAGAUGUUCAGAGUUAUGUAGGCUUGAAGCCAUCAACAGCUCGGAAAUCUGUUUCUUUGUUGAGGAGAACUGAGACACGACCUCUCAUGGUCGUUAGAGCAAGCAAGGAGGGGGAUAUAUCGGUGAAAAGCUCAGGCUUAAGUAUUGAGGAAUCUGAAGCUGCUGCUGUGGCUGGAAACUUCCCUGAUCCUCCACCCCCUUGGAGACCAUCGGCCCCGAAAGGAACCCCAAAUGUCAAACCACUUCCACUUACUAGGCGCCCGCGCCGUAACAGAAAGUCACCCACAUUGAGAGAUGCUUUCCAGGAGACAAAUUUGUCAGCCUCAAAUUUGGUACUGCCACUAUUUAUUCAUGAAGGAGAAGAGGAUGUUCCAAUUGGAGCUAUGCCUGGAUGUUAUAGGUUGGGAUGGAGACAUGGUCUUCUUGAAGAGGUCUACAAGGCAAGAGAUGUUGGCGUGAAUAGUAUUGUGCUCUUUCCUAAAAUUCCUGAUGCAUUAAAGGUUUGUAUGUUUAUACAAGUUUCUACUAUUUUUUUCAUCUUCAAAUAUGAAGUAUGUUGUACUUUUUUGUUCAUCCAGUCACAAGCAGGAGAUGAAGCAUUCAAUGACAAUGGUUUGGUCCCUCGGGCAAUACGCCUGCUUAAGGACAAAUACCCUGAUAUUGUUAUUUACACUGAUGUUGCACUGGAUCCUUACUCCUCUGAUGGGCAUGAUGGUAUCGUGAGGGAAGAUGGAGUUAUAAUGAAUGAUGAAACAGUUCACCAGUUGUGUAAACAGGCUGUUUCUCAGGCUCGGGCAGGAGCUGAUGUUGUUAGUCCUAGUGACAUGAUGGAUGGUCGAGUUUCAGCAAUUCGAGCAGCUCUGGAUGCUGAAGGCUUUCAGGAAGUCUCCAUUAUGUCCUACACUGCAAAGUAUGCUAGUUCAUUUUAUGGUCCCUUUAGAGAAGCUUUAGAUUCCAAUCCACGCUUUGGGGACAAGAAAACUUACCAGAUGAACCCAGCAAAUUACAGGGAGGCCCUUGUUGAAACUGAGGCAGAUGAGGUUGAAGGAGCAGAUAUUCUUUUGGUUAAACCAGCAAUGCCCUAUUUGGAUGUUGUACGCCUUCUGCGUGAUAACUCUGCUUUACCAAUUGCUGCAUAUCAGGUUUCUGGUGAAUAUUCUAUGAUCAAAGCUGGUGGGGCUCUGAAAAUGGUUGAUGAAGAGAAGGUCAUGAUGGAAUCGCUGCUGUGCAUCAGACGAGCCGGUGCAGACAUCAUCCUCACCUACUUUGCUCGUCAAGCUGCAAGUGUUUUAUGCGGCAUGAAGUCGAAGUAGAUUGAUGCCACCCAAAAUUUUCUAAUUAGAUUAAUGGAGACACCAGAAAGCCUUGUACUUUUCGUGUUGAAUUAUUCUCCUGUUGCAAGUCGGAUUAGUCAAUGGAAGUUGGAAGUGUGAUGAGUUUGUUUCUGUGUCAUGACAAACAGUUGAAACUUCAUGUUUUUCUGAGAAACUAAAAUCUUUCAGAAGAGGGAAUGCCGAAGUAGUCUUCCUUGGUGAA